AUGGGCAUUCAGGCGGAAAAUAGACGACUUCCCUCCGCCAAGCUAUACAUGGCGUGUUUGGCCGCGCAAAUGGGGUCCGUGCUAUUAGGCUGUGCCUUAGGCUGGAGUGGACCGGCACUGGCAGAUAUGGCCCGCAGUGAUAGUAAGCCCCGGCUAACGGAUAGUGCUCAUGAUACUGAUAUUAAAACAUGGAUUGGCUCCAGUAUGACAUUGGGUGCACUAUUUGGGGGCAUAAUUGGAGGUGUUUGUAUCGAGUAUUUUGGUCGGCGGCGGACAUUAUUAUAUUUAGGCGCUCCCUAUACAGCGGGCUGGCUGUUGAUGAGAUUUGAUUCAAGUUUUGGUCAAGAGGUAUGGCUACUAAUUGCCGGCCGUGUAGUCACCGGUUCUGUUCCCACAUUUGUGGCCGAGAUCUCGACACCAAAUAUUAGAGGUUUGUUGGGAAUGGCAUUCAACCUUUUCGGAGUGGUGGGCAUACUUUACAUGGAUAUCCUGAGCCUAUGGCUACCCUGGAAUUGGGUAGCCUUUGGCGGUAUAAUACCCUCAGUGUUACUCUCGUUGUCCAUGUUUUUCAUCCCGGAGUCGCCCAAUUGGCUUAUGUUGAAGUUUGGCCGCUGUUUACGGGUAGUCGAAGCCCUCCAUCAGCUCCGACACCCCAACAGUGACAUCGACCAAGAAUUGGACGAAUUGGAGGAACAGGUGCUCAGCAUUCAGUCCCAAAAGACCUCGGGUUUUAGCAUUAGACUACUGUCCCGUCAGGACGUGUAUAAGCCGUUACUCAUAGGCAUACUGUUGUGCUUUUUCCAGCAAUUUUCCGGCACUAAUGCCAUACAGUUUUACAUGACCCAGAUAUUCAUAGAUUCAGGGUCAUCCAUGGAGCCUAAGUACGCGGUCAUUGUAGUCAACUGUAGUAUGUUUGUGGCCACCCUUAUAGGCAGCGCACUGGUUGACCGGUUGGGCCGUAAGAUACUAUUGAUUGUGAGCGGAACGGGACAUACGAUAAGUUUAGCGGUUUUGGGCUAUUAUUACUACAAAAACCCGGGAUCAGAUACCGGUACCACCGCCAGUCCCCUCACCACACUGUCGUCACUACUGGACCCGGAUGUCGUUACGGAGGUGUCGAAGCACCCGGAGUCCAGCGCACUGCCUAUCAUAUGUAUGGCGGUGUUUGUGAGCGCGUACUCCAUCGGCUACAGUCCCGUCAUAUGGAUCGUCAUUACGGAGAUCUGUAACACAGCUUAUGUAGGUUUUAUCACAUCCACGUGCUCUGUAUUCGUGUGGAUAUUUGUGUUUGUGGUGACCAAGGAGUUUGAAGACUUGGCCCGAGUGGCCCACAAGUACGGCGCCUAUUGGAUGUUUGCGGGCAUUUGCGUGCUGUCCACCUUGUUCAUUUUUUAUUUGCCCGAAACUAAAGGCCAAUCCAUUGACGAGAUACAGAAGCGCUUCUACCCGAAGGUCUAUAAGAAUAGGCCCUCCGCCCCACCUGACGAGUCCCAUAUGCGGGCCAUUUGA